ACAAUUUUUACCUACUUCACCCUCCUUUAUCAAACAUUCUCUUAAUAUUAUAAACUUCUAAAAAAAACAUAAAAAUAUAACAAUGGCCAGAACAAAGCAAACUGCUCGUAAAUCAACUGGUGGAAAAGCUCCCCGCAAACAACUUGCUACUAAAGCUGCACGAAAAAGCGCUCCAGCUGCCGGUGGUGUCAAGAAGCCGCAUCGUUAUAGACCAGGAACCGUCGCUCUUAGAGAAAUUAGACGCUAUCAAAAGUCUACUGAACUGUUGAUUCGAAAACUUCCAUUCCAACGCUUGGUACGUGAAAUCGCACAAGACUUCAAAACUGAUUUACGUUUCCAAAGUUCGGCCAUUGGAGCUCUCCAGGAAGCUUCCGAAGCCUACUUGGUAGCACUUUUCGAAGAUACGAAUUUAGCGGCCAUUCAUGCAAAGCGUGUUACAAUUCAACCAAAAGACAUUCAACUCGCUAGACGACUUCGUGGUGAACGAUCCUAA